AUGCCUUCCGCUCCAACGCCUCCGCCCCUGCGGGGUAUUUCGUCGGGGGGUUCGAAGAUCAAUCUCAAUUUCAAUUUCAAGUCCGACAAGCCGAUCGUGGCGUGGAUCGACUACGAUUCCGACAUGAAUCUCGCCAACAUCACCAUCACGCCGUCAACAGAACCCCUAACCCCUCUCCUCUCCUACAAAAUAGAUUUGUCUCCGAUUCUACACGAAACUAUGUUUGUCGGAUUUUUCGCCUCCACAACCCUGUUCGCAAGCUCCCAUUUCAUGCUUGGAUGUAGCUUCACAACGAUCGGAGAAGCUCUGCCGUUGGAUUUACGUUCCCUGCCUUCAAUCCCAUGGACCAAAAAUUAA